AUGGAGGAGGGGUCAAGACAGAGUCUACACUUAAGCAGCAGUAGGAAGAACUUGGUGGUGCAAUUCCUCCUUAAGCAUAGCACUGAUGGAGUGCUCAUAAAAGGGGCAGUGACGGAGGCGGCAGAGGAGUUUGGCAUCAGUAGAAAGACUGUUUACAGGAUGUGGAAGGCAGCAAAAGAGCAGAUGCAAAGGGGGGAACCUGCACACAUGGAAGUAAAAGUUAAAGGAUAUCAACAUUCAGACAAGUUGGACCUAGAUGAAGAAAAGGUUAGGAAUUUAUCUGUGCUUGAAAGGUCUUCCAUUAGAAAAAUGGCAAAUAAAUUGUCAGUAAGUAAGAGUACAGUUAGUCAGUGGAUUAAGGAGGGUAAACUCAAGCCACAUACAAAUGCUAUAAAACCUGCAUUGACUGAAGUGAACAAAGUUCAGUUUCAAAGCAUGCACAAUAUAGUCCACAUAGAUGAAAAAUGGUUCUUUAUGACCAAGACAACAGACAGGUACUACCUCUUGCCGGAUGAAGAUGAGCCAUAUAGGGCAUGCAAGUCAAAGAGGUUUAUCACCAAAGUGAUGUUCAUGUGUGCAGUAUGUAGACCAGUAUUUGGCCCGGAUGGCCAGACCAAAUUUGAUGGAAAGUUGGGUAUUUUUCCUUUCACUGAAGUGGUGCCAGCAAAAAGAAAAUCAAAGAAUAGGCCUAGAGGCACACUUGAGACUAAACCAAUUCCAGCAGUCAAUAAGGAUGUGAUGAGAGACUGCCUAGUCCACAAGAUUGUACCAGCUAUUAAGGCCAAGUGGCCAGAUUGGGCAAGCAAAGAAAUUUUCAUCCAGCAAGACAAUGCCACACCCCACAUAAAUAGUGUGGAUCCUGAAUUUGAGGCUGUAGCAAAUUCAGAUGGAUUUAAAAUCCAACUGAUUUGUCAACUAGCCAAUUCGCCUGACACCAACAUACUAGACCUUGGCUUUUUCCGGGCUAUUCAAACACUGCAGCAUGAGAAACCAUGCUCUACUGUUGAUGAAUUGUUGGGAAAUGUGUAUAGCUCUUAUGAAGAGCUAUCACCACAGACCCUAAACAAGGUUUUCCUCUCAUUGCAGGCUUGCCUUACUCAAAUUCUGAUAUUCAGGGGUGGGAACAACUACAAAGUCCCUCACAUUAACAAAGACAGGUUGGAAAGAACAGAGGGGCUGCCUAAUGCAUUGGAUGUGGAUGAGAAGCUUGUGAGAGAUGUGUUGGAGUACUUACAGCUACCAGAGAACAAUGCAGGUGGUGCAUAUGACAUUGGGCCUUUGUCUACUGCUUUUGGGUUCUAA